AUGGAUAACGUACUCGCCAAACCUGCUGACCUGUGCUGUCUCAAGGGAUCGUUUCAUUCUGGAGAAGCUACUGGUUCUACCAUCCAGAUCGACGGUAUCGACACUUAUAUCGCCAAACCUCAUCCCAACAAGUCCAAUGGGAACGUUCUUCUUUUUUUCCCUGAUGCAUUCGGGCUGCACAUCAACAGCUUCCUCAUGAUGGAUGCUUUCGCCGAGUGCGGGUACCUCACCCUUGGUGUCGAUUACUUCCUUGGUGACCCUGUAACAAAGCACUCCUUGACACCGCUGAGUGAUCCAAACUUCGACUUUGAGUCAUGGAAGAACAAGCAUCUCAAGGCGUCUGAGGAGGCUGCUGCUAGAUGGGUCAAGGCCGUAAAGGCGCAGUACGGAAACAGCGAAGACGUCAAAUUUGCUUGCGUUGGCUACUGCUGGGGUGCACGCUUCGUUUGCCAGCAACUGUCUGCCGACGGUAUUUGUAAAGUCGGCGCCAUCGCCCAUCCUUCGUUUCUCAAGGAAAGCGACGUCUUUUACGUCCAAGGCGAGUUUACACCCCAGUUCAACUAA